AUGAGGGAAUAUGAAGCAUUGGGACACAUGACAAAAUUCAGCGGUAGCGAAAUAAUAUCUCCCCAAUAUUUCAUCCCUCACCACUGUGUGCUACGUCCAGACAGCUCAACAUCAAAACUGCGAGUUGUAUUUGACGCAUCAGUACACAAAUUAUCAGAGCCAUCACUAAAUGACAUAAUGUUUAAUGGUCCAAAAGUUCAAGACGAACUGUUUUCGAUUUUGCUCAGAUUUAGAAUGCACAAAUAUGUUUUAAAAACUGAUGUGGAAAAAAUGUACCGUCAAAUAUGGGUUAACAAAGAUGAUCGAAAUCUGCAACUCAUAAUGUGGCGAGAAAAUCCCACAGAACCACUUAAUUAUUAUCAGUUGAACACAGUUACUUAUGGCACAAGAGCAGCACCAUAUUUAGCAACACGCUGUCUAACAAAAUUGGCGGAUGAAUAUCAAGGAAAUUAUUUAUAUGGCGCCACAUCUUUAAAAAAGGAUUUUUAUGUUGACGACGGUCUAAUAGGAGCUGAUACCAUCAACGAAGCGUUACUAAUUCAACAACAAUUAAUAACAAUUCUAGACAAGGCUGGAAUGAAACUAAAAAAAUGGUGUGCAAACAACCCAAAACUUUUACAUGGAAUCGCUACAGAAGAUCAAGAAGUAAAUCUCAAUUUUGAUUCCAAGGAAACCCAAUUCACAAAGACGCUGGGUCUUUUAUGGUUACCAAAGUCAGAUUCAUUUCGUAUCAAGGUUAACAUUCGAGACCAUAGUCACACAACAAAACGAUCUAUGAGCUCCGAUUUGGCACACAUAUAUGACCCUUUGGGUCUUAUUGGUCCAAUCUUGGUCACCGGUAAAAUCUUGUUGCAAGGAGCAUGGCAGCUAAAACUCGAUUGGGAUGAUGAUCUUCCGUCAGAAAUACGUAAACAAUGGACAUCGUAUAGAGAAGAUCUGGCCUUGUUGGACAAUGCAACAGUUGUGAGGCACGUAUUCAGCAGUCAAGGCUACAGCCAUGUUGAGCUGCACGCUUUUUGUGACGCCUCAGAAAAGGCUUAUGGUGCAGCAGUAUACAUUAGAACAGUACAAAAGGAUAAAACGAUAAAACUUAAUCUACUAUGCUCCAGAUCUCGUGUAGCACCCAUAAAAUCUCAAACAAUUCCACGACUAGAAUUGUGUGCAGCGUUGCUAGCAGCAGAACUCAUGGCAAGAGUUAAACUUGAUUUAGGCUAUCAAGACAAAGCAACUUACUUUUGGACAGAUUCACAAAUUGUGCUUUCCUGGAUAAACAAUCAUCCAGGCAAAUUACCCGUUUACGUCGCCCACCGAAUUGUAAAAAUCCUUCGGUUAACAAUUCCAGAACAAUGGCGUCACGUCCCGUCAAAACAAAAUCCGGCAGAUAUUCUGUCAAGAGGGCUUAAACCGCGGGAAUUUUCAUCUUGCUACAUGUGGUUAUAUGGUCCACUAUUUUUAUAUCAGCCAAAGCCGCUGUGGCCAGCUCCCUUCAAAAGGGAAUUAAUUGUUGAAGAUAACACGGUGGUGCUUGCUUUAUCAACACAACAACCUACUAAUGAGCAUGCAUGGGUCUACUCGAUUCAUUCAAGAAAUUUAUUUACACAUGUCCAAAAGGUUGUUGGAUAUGUACUUCGUUUCACAAAAAACGCACGGAAACCAAAAGAAUCAAGACCAGAGACCAUGCAGCUUUCACCGAUGGAGCUCGACGUAGCACUUAAGAUAAUAAUACGUCAAAUCCAGGCCUCCGAUUUUUCUGAUCUAAGGAAAAUGCUAGUUAAGGACGAAUUUGUGCCAAAAACUCAUAACCUCAGUUCACUAACUCCGUUCGUAGAUGAAGAAGGGGUAAUACGUGUUGGCGGACGGCUAAGCUCUUCAAAACUACAAUUUGAUGCCAUUCAUCAAAUGAUUUUACCCAGCAACGAUCCACUAGUAAAGUUGCUGGUAGAAAAAAUACAUAAGGACAAUUAUCAUUGUGGCGCCCAAGCAUUGCUGGCACAAGUGAGGCAGCGUUUUUGGCCCCUCAAAGGAAAAAGCUUGAUGAGAGCUGUAAUACAACAAUGCUUAAGAUGCAGAAGAGCAAGGCCAAUUGUGUACAAUCAAAUCAUGGGAAAUUUGCCUGGUCACCGUGUGCAACCAGCUCGACCAUUUCUCAGCACUGGAGUUGAUUAUUGUGGCCCAAUAUGGGUUCAUUACAAAACAAGAGGCAAGCGUCCACAAAAGGCGUAUAUCGCUGUCUUUUGCUGUUUUGCAACCAAGGCCGUACACUUAGAACUUGUGACUGAUCUGACCACAGAUGCAUUCAUUGGAGCAUUAAAACGCUUCAUAGCACGACGAGGACGCUGUAAAACGUUAUACUGCGACAAUGCGACCAAUUUCGUUGGAGCGAAAAACAAGUUGCAGGAACUUACUGACGUCAUCUACGCUGAUCGAGCGAAGGAAUCAAUUGCAGGAAUGUGCAGUACGAAAGGCAUAGAAUUUCACUUCAUUCCACCAAGGUCACCACACUUCGGCGGGCUAUGGGAGGCAGCAGUAAAAUCUGCCAAAUAUUUGCUGGUAAAAAAUGUUUCAACAGCAUCACUUACAUAUGAAGAGCUUGAAACUGUCGUUAUUGAAGUUGAAGCAGUGUUGAACUCGCGACCCCUUAUUCCUAGCUCAUCAGAUGCUCAUCAGAUUUGCCUGGACACCGUGUGCAACCAGCUCGACCAUUUCUCAGCACUGGAGUUGAUUAUUGUGGCCCAAUAUGGGUUCAUUACAAAACAAGAGGCAAGCGUCCACAAAAGGCGUAUAUCGCUGUCUUUUGCUGUUUUGCAACCAAGGCCGUACACUUAG